AUGAUUCGGCAAGAGCGUCACAACCUGACUCUAGGAAAAUUUUUAUCGAGAGUUUCACUUUUAUUUGGGGGAAUUCCCGUGUGUUUGCGGGCCAAAAUCAUGCACAUGCACAAGUACCUCUCUGCCUGUUCUCAGCUGAGUGUGGCGAGGAUUACAAUGGCCAGUUUGGAACCUGUUGGCGGACUGCACAAUCCUUCCUUCGUGAGGGACGAUGGCGAUUCUCAGGCGAAAACACAUAGAGAGCAAUCUCCUUCCCCAGAACCGAGCCAGGUUGCGCAAGGUCAGGACGGCGGGUCAGCCGAGGGCGGGUCUCGCACGGAAACGUCUCCCCGGCAGGGCCUGGCGAGGGAGGAAAAACAAGUGAAACUGGUCAUUACGAAAAAUCUCCUCCUCAUCUCCCUGGCUUUCACGUUUCAGUUCACAAGUUACAACUCUAAUAUCAAUUUGCAGUCGUCUCUCAACAAGGUACACGGCACGGCCGGCAUGACCGCCCUGUACAUCGGCAUGAUCAUCUCGUGCAGUUUCCUUCCUUCUCUGGCGAUCAACAAGCUCAGGGAGAAACACACCAUAGCCCUUUGCAUGCUGUGUUUCCUCCCGUACAUGGCCGUGCAGAUGUACCCCAGUGUUUAUCUCCUGGUGCCGUCUGGCUUCCUGCUGGGGCUCGCCGCCGGGCCGCUGUGGUCUGCCAAGUGCACUUACCUCACCAAGGGUAGCACCAAGUACGCAGGCAUGCAGAACAAAGAGAGUAAGCUGGUCAUUAAUCGGUUUUUCGGCAUCUUCUUCCUGUUCUUCCAGUCGACGCAGGUGUGGGGCAACGUCAUCUCUUCUACAGUGUUGUCCGUGGGCCUCGAAAACGAACACAAGGCAGAAGAAGAUUUACAGGCGUGCGGGUACCACUUCUGCCCGUGGGAUGAACACGCCCAUACCGCGAGCACCAACGACUCCUCUGGUAACAAAGAAGUAAUCCCACAAUGGCAACGUUACACUAUGUCUGGGAUUUAUCUCGGAUUUGUCGUACUCUCGGCUCUUAUCAUCCUUAUAUUCGUCGAUCCGCUCGAGAGUUUCGAUAAAGGCCAGAGGCUCGAGGUGAGCAACACACAGCUGAUCGUCAACACUUUCAACCACGUGCGUCACCCUUAUCAGCUGUUGAUUAUUCCCCUGACAAUCUGGUCUGGGGUCGAGCAGGAGUUCCUCUCUGCGGACUAUACUGCUGCCUACGUCUCCUGCGGUCUGGGCGUGCACAUGGUCGGCGCAACCAUCAUAUGCUACGGGAUAUGCGAUAUGCUGUGCAGUCUGGGCUUCACCCCCCUCGUCCGAAGGCUAGGUCGAAUCCCCGUCUUCAGCUUCGGCGCCGUUGUUAAUGUGGGCGUCAUUAUCACCCUGAGGUUCUGGACGCCAAGACCCGAUGACCUGGUGUUGUUCUUCGUCCUCGCCGGGCUGUGGGGCGUGGCGGACGCGGUGUGGCAGACGCAGAUUAAUGCGCUCUACGGCGUGAUCUUCCCCGGCCAAUCGGAAGCUUCCUUCAGCAACUACCGCCUAUGGGAGUCUCUGGGCUUCGUUAUCGCCUACGCCUGCAGUACCGUCCUCUGCGUGGACUCGAAGGUCACCAUCCUCCUGGUCUUCCUCCUGCUGGGGAUCCUUGGCUAUUACGCGAUCGAGGUCAUCGAGAGACGCGGAGGGCUGAGGAAGGACAGAGAGGGGCGGGUGGUGGGCGUGGAUCGACUCGUCUUGGGAAAUUAUUGAGAUAUAUGUAUUAUAUAU